AAAAAGGGGGCCUGCGAAUCAGAUGCAGUUGACUCCUCAAACAAAACUAGAACCACAAGCCAAUAACUGAUCGAGCGUUCCCCAGACUGCAGUUAGAUGCCACGUAACUGGGACACUGUACCCCCAUAGAACUCUGCCUGACUGCCAUUUGUAACGUACUCCUUAUCACAGAAACAAAUCUUCCGCGACCGACCCCUUUUCACAAUCUCUGAAACCAUUUAACUCUUCCUCUUUCUCUAGUUCCAGAAACACAGAAAAGCAGCCGCAGAAGCCUUCAAUUUCUCGUCCAAAAAUAGUGAAAUUAAUAGGUGAUAUUUUCCCAAUAUCAGACGAGUACAGAAAGUGCAAAGAAAAAUGUCAGGUGGGGUUGGUCCAAGCAGUGACAUAAGGCUGCCGAAAGAAGAAGAAGAAGAAGAAAUUCAUCAACGGAAGGCUAGUUUUCCCAAGGAAGGGGGCACUCAAAGUCAAAAGCCUCCUCAGCCCUCCCGAAGAGGGUUCUUCACUUUUCGGCAGCUAAAUGCGCUGGCUGUGAUUAUCGUUCUCUCAGGUAGUGGAAUGGUCAGUAUCGAAGAUUUCGCUUUUGUAAUCUUUUCUCUAGUCUACAUAUACUUCAUAUCAAGGGUUGCCUUUCCAAAUCAUUCCCCCUACGCGGAUCCCCCUGUCUUCGGCCAAAGAAACAGGAUCCUAAGCCUUUACGUUUUUAUCGGAGCAUUAGUCGGAUUGCUUUUCCCAAUAGCAUAUAUUUUCCAUGGGAUUUUCGAGGGAGACAAGGAGGGGAUCAAGGCUGCCGCACCCCAUGUUUUUCUCCUUUCCGCUCAGGUUUUCAUGGAAGGGGUGUCUUUCAGCGGUGGGUUUGCGCUCCCUAUUCGAGUUUUUGUCCCCGUUUUCUAUAAUGCGAGGAGGAUCUUCACUAUUGUGGAGUGGUUGAGCAGUGAGAUUUAUAAGGUGGAAAUGGAAUAUGGUGGCAGUGCUAGAAGGGUGUAUAUUGGGAGAGCUCUUGCUGUGGCUAAUAUGGCCUUUUGGUGCUUCAAUUUGUUUGGAUUCUUGUUGCCUGUUUACCUUCCCAAGGCCUUCAAGAUAUAUUAUUCUUCUUCUGUCCGCAAGGCUAAGGACUAAUCUGACCGAGUAAGAGGGGAAUAUGGAUUUCUGUCUGUUAUUUUAAAUGCUUUUAGUUUCUAACGUCAUUAGUGGAACCAGUGUUAGUUUUUCUUUUUAUCCUGUUGCACGUUCCUUUUGGGUUUAGACGGUUGGGCAAUUGGCCUUGUUUGGAUUGCCGUUUCCGUCGAAAAAUUACGUCAUUUUUCGUGAUCACAUUUCCCUA